AAAAGCCGCGUUUAUAACGUUGGAUGGACAACCAUAGAGACAGAAGCGGUGUAUGAACUUCCGAUUAAACCGGAAAUGCAUCCGUUCCUGACUGAGCUCCCACCAAAGUCACCAGCAUGGCUUCCGCCCACAGACUAUUCUUUCGCCGUUCAACCAUAAGGACCAGAUCUUCUUUUGCAACGCUGCCGUAAAGGAGCGUCGAAAAGCUCGGCUUUGUUUACGACAGCCAGCCGAUUCGCUGGUUGCCACCUUGAAAACCGGAGCCAAUGACUUUUGGGAUGUGCCACGUGAUUCCCUUAAUGGUCCGCCUGCUGCCAUGUUGAGAACUGGCCGCCUCGGGCCCGCCCCUCGGCCUCUCGUCCAAUCCGGGCCCGAUGCUGCGAGGAGCGCUGGCUGCCUUGUCUCUGGGCUUGGUGGCCUCCUGGCUCUGGGGCCGCCGGUUCGAUCCCCGCUCUUGGCUGUGGCAGACGCGUGAUGAGGAGCGGGUGCUGAGCGCCGCCGAACUGAGCCGCUACACGGGCGGCGUACAGAGCCGGGGCCUUUACCUGGCUGUGCUGGGGCGGGUCUUUGAUGUGGAGCGCGGGCACAAGCACUAUGGACCGGGGGGAGCCUACAGCUUCUUCUCCGGGAAAGAUGCCUCUCGAGCUUUCGCAACAGGUGACUUUACUGAAAAAGGUUUGGUGGAUGAUAUUGCAGGGUUAUCACCAUCAGAAAUGUUGACCAUCCACAACUGGCUCUCAUUCUACAGUAAGAAUUAUGUGCUUAUUGGCAAAGUUGCAGGGAGGUUUUAUGAUGAAGAUGGGAACCCCACUCUUCUUCUACAGCAAGCCCAAGCACUGAUUGAUGAAGGGCAGAGGCUGCAAACCCAAGAGGAGGAGAAAAAGCAGUUAUUCCCACCUUGUAAUGCCGAAUGGCGAUCCGCUUCUGGAAGCAGAGUCUGGUGUUCCAAGCAGAGUGGGGGAAUCAGCAGAGAUUGGACUGGUGUUCCCAGAAAGAUGUAUGAGCCAGGCUCACGAGGCAGCCACUGUGUGUGUGUGAGGACAGAAGGGCCCCCUUCUGAGCAAUCCUCUUCCCAGCAGCCCAGCAACAGAGGUGACUUGGACAAUCCCAAACUUCAAGAAUAUGAAGGCUGCCACCCACUGUCCAACUGGUGUGCUUUGAAAGACUAAGGCAGCAUUCAGAUGUCAGAGGCAACUCCAAAGAAGCUGAGCUUUGUACACAGGUAGAGCUCAUUGGUUGACUCACUCCUCCUCUCCUAUACACACUGAUCAUGAAUGAAUGUAGGUGGCCAGGUGAAUUGAAGUUUUAAUCUCCCACAAUCUCGGAUUAAACAAGGGAAGCCAUGUACUCUUUUAGAUUGACAGUGGGCCUUUGAAAAUGUAUAAAUGUGAGUCGAUACAAAGUCUCUUCAUUUUGGGCAUGACCUUGUUAAUUGGUAAUAUGCAUGACCUUGUAGACUGCUAACAGUGAAUAAAUACCACAUGUUCUGUAUAAACUCGUCACCAGCACAGGGACACUUGGUUUGCAUCCUGUUACAGUGGCACGUUCAUUAUCUCCCAAAAAUGCAAAUCAGCCAGAUAGAAUUGCUCUACUUUCUGAAAUUGCAAGUGAAGUCGUUUGCAAUCAGAAUUCCCAAUGCCAUCCAUUCAAUAAUGCUUGUUUAUUACAAGAAUUUAAACAGAGGCUUAUAAAUAUUGGAAAAAUACAUUGCUUUACAAGGACUUGAGGGGGAAAGCUGUAGUUUGUCUUUUUGUUUAAAAAAUGACUACCUUUUUCAGAACCAGACCAAGAAUCUCAGGAA